CCCAAUUUGUAGUGGUGUAAGUUCACAAGCUCACACACACAUUCCCACUAAAGUCACUCACACUCAACUGUCUCCCUGAAUGAGACGUUGUCAUUAGUGAACGCAGGAAUUCCUAUCUACUUUGGCUGCAACUCCUACCUCAGAGCUGGGCAGCAGGUGAAUUAAAGUAGAACACUGACAGACAACGGAAACGCCACUAGAAAGGAUAAAACGGCGGGACAUAUUUCUGAGAUAGCCAAGAGAAACAAUUAAAACAAAAACAAAAAAAAACAACAACAUCCAACAUUUUCAAACACCACAAGAACAUUUGCAGAACAGAAAACAGCAUUUACCAAGCAAGAAAAAAAUAUGAGAAGCUGUUUGUAUCAGAUAGCUCUAGCUAUUAUGAGUGUGUGUGAAGGAGUAUGGGCACUUCCUCUCCCAAAGCCAAAGCCUACAGACCCCAAAUCAGAAUUUGACAGCAUCCUCCACAUGGCCAAACAUCUACUAAGUGACACCAAGAAUCUCUACACCAACUUUAAAGCAAAAUACCCAUAUGAAGGGGAGCACAAGCUGGAAAGUUUACCGGUGCUGACCAUAAAUGCUGUGGAGCUGUCUAGUAUUCAGAUUCCUGCUGGUCUUACGAAGCUCAGCUCUGAGCUCUUCAUAUAUCAGAAGCAUUUUGAUUGGCUGAAGAAAGCGGCACAUGUUGUUCGCCCCUUGGAUCACGAGUUUACCAGCAUUCAUAAUCGCAUUGACAAGCUGGUGAAGAAAAUUGAUACUUUGAUGACAAGACUUAACAUUGCCCGUGCUAGUGACUCACCUCUGCCACAGCUUCCUAACACAACAACCCAGUGGGGGGUUGUACAGACCGGCCAUGCCGUUUUCCAUCAUUUCCACCUCUUCCUGGACUAUGCAACUCGUGCCCUUGUACUUAUGAAAAAUAAGUUGUGAAAAGAACUUUACCAUUGAUGAACUUCUGCCUCAGGACAGGCCAAUGUGCUGCAAUAAUAACAGGCUGCCUGAAGUAGAGGGAAACUCUUCUUGAUUGUUCAUGAUCUAUGGAUCUUACGAAACACAAUUGCCUAACUUCUACUGCACCUGGUUUUCAGGAAUGUGCACGGUGACACUACAAACUUUUUUUUUGUUUUUGUUUUAUAUUUACAUGUAAUAUGUUGAUCUAUAAUUCCUAUUUAUACUGCCAACUAUUUAUUUAUUUAUUUAUUUCCCAGGUUAAUAUUUAAAUAUUUUUUUUUCAUUUGGAUUGGAUGUCUGACCUCAAUCUAAAGAAGAGUCUUGGCUGGUUUCUUAACAAAAUGUUAUUGUAAUAAUUAUAUAUUUAAGUAGCGGUUUUAUAUAUUUAAAAAAGGUAUUGGCGUUGUGGAUGCUUUUACCUUUAAGUCUUUAAGCAUGUUGGCUGGCUCCUAUUUUUUGUGUCCAUUGUUGGCCAUGUUUUUUUUUUUUUUUAGCGAAGAGUACUAAAACACUAGAAAAAUAGAGGAAAUUUACAUUUUUAUACGUCUUCUUCCUUCAUGAACAUUCCAGAUCAACACUGUAAUAGAAUGCUCACUGGGCAAAUGACUUUUAUGAUCAGGCAAAAAUCCUGAAAUCUUUCUUUGAUUGCUUGCAUUGACUUCUGUUAGACAGAACUUGUGUUAUUCACUAUGGUACCGGGAUCAAGUAAAUGAAACUGAAUUAUAGUCAGUUGCACCUGCCCAUAGACAUAGGAUGGCUAUGACUGUUGUUGCUAUUUUUGGCUUGCAAGUCUUCUUUCUAUGGGUAAAAACAGACACGGUCAACUUUUCUCAGGGAAAAAAAUGAUUGUACAGUUAAAAACCUAGCGAUUUCCCUGUAAUAAGUCAGCUGCAGUGCCUAAGUGCAAGUCGAUCGUGGCUGCACAUCCAACUGCUCUCUAAGGUCUUUGGGCACAUUACAUUUUUGGAUGAGCCGUUUUUGUCUCCAGGAUGUAAAAACAUCAAAUGACACAGAUAGCAUUUAUUGCACAGAUAGGGGGGCGGGGGAGUUUAAUCUAUAAUUUAUUUUAAUGGACCUAUCACAACUGUGUCUAAAACAGGCAUAGUGAGAAUAGGUUAUUCUGAAUGUAUAUUACUGAAUGUGGGGGUUUGAUGAUAUGGCGGUUACCUUCAGCUUUACUCUGUUGGCCCUUUAAAAAAAAUUCAACAAAGUGCCUCUCAGGUUAUCUAAAAAAAAAAAAAAAAGAAAGAAAGAAAAAA